CCUCUCAGUUUCUUUCCAAAGCUCAUCUAAGCCACAUCCGCGUGCUGACGCGGACGGACGACUCACGAAGCGCGUCGUCUUGCAACCCGAACCGCGACUGCGCGCGCCGCACGUUUCUUAAGCUGAGGCUCUGUCGUUGUGUACUUUAUUUUAUUGCACUCGAGUCUAUUUUUUUUUUUGUUGAUGUAGGCAUCUCUGCUUUCGUGUACUUGCUCGCAUUUCCUUGGGAUUUCCUUUCAAUUCUGUGGAACCGAGUUGCGCUACGUUCUUCGCGAACUUGGCUGAUCUGGUUCUCAAAGUCGCGCUCGCCGGCGAUCUAUCUUGGGGGCAAGUGAUCGUGCUGUGGACACCAGUCGAGAAUCGAGAUUCAUUCUUUCGCUGGACACGCCGUGGAUCGGAUCGGUUUUCGCAAGUGCUGCUGCCACCGUUUGCCCCCCAUCGGAGAGGGACCCCUCGUUCGCGAGCUUAGAACUAAGACCUGGCAGCUGGGGGAGGGAGGCAGAACCCUUUGUGCUGUGUGUUGGACACGGUGAACGGAGAUUGUUCCAUUGGUCACGCGUCACUGGAUCUGGAGUCUUGUGGAGUGUGGAGUGUGCAGCCGAGUGGAAAGCAAUCUGCUACUUAACAGAUUUUGAAUUUGCAAGCAUUCGAAGGAGAUAACUAGUGGAGUGGAUUGAAACGAAUCAGUGCUGGUUUUGGCUGAGAUUGACGUAGGCGUUGUAGAGUGUGAAAUUUCCGGCAAUCGUGCAUUGACGCGGAUUUUGAAAAUUGCUAAAAGUGCCUAAUACGGAACAGCAUCCAGGGUAAAGUUCGUGUCAUUGAUUCAGUUCCAAACAAUUAAUUGCAUAGGACCAAAGAUUGUACAAGGACACCUCGUGUUUAAGCAACAACUCGAAGCAACAGGAAGUGUGAUUCCAACGAAUUUGAACUUCAGUGUCGCGUAACAGCCGCGGGAUGUCGUCCUGCGCUUGUCCGAUGGCCCCACCGGUGGGGGCCACGUUAGCAGCCCUCUGCGGUGGAUCGCAGUACAUGCUGUUUAUGGGGCUGCUGGAGGUGUUCAUUCGGUCCCAGUGCGAUCUGGAAGAUCCCUGCGGUAGGAUGAAGACCAAAACUUCGAGAAGCACGGACUAUGAAUACGAUUUCAUCGUGAUUGGUGGUGGAUCGGGAGGCUCAGUGAUUGCAUCACGUCUAUCAGAAGUUAAAAACUGGAAGGUGCUAUUAGUAGAAGCAGGUCCUGACGAACCUACGGGUGCACAGAUCCCAUCCAUGUUCCUCAACUACAUCGGCAGCGAUAUCGAUUGGAAGUUCAACACCGAACCGGAGCAGUAUGGUUGUCUUGGUUCGCCAGAACAGCGUUGCUACUGGCCCCGCGGAAAGGUCCUCGGUGGAACAUCGGUCAUGAACGGUAUGAUGUACAUUCGUGGUAACCAGGUCGAUUACGAUGACUGGGAAGCUUUGGGCAACCCCGGAUGGAGGUGGAAGGAUGUCCUGCCGUACUUCAUGAAAUCGGAAGACAACCAGCAGAUGUCUGAAGUCGACAACAAGUUCCACACCACCGGAGGAAUGCUUCCAGUGUCCAAGUUCCCCUACAACCCACCAUUCUCGCAUGCUGUUCUGAAGGGAGGCGAAGAGCUGGGGUAUACCGUACAGGACUUGAAUGGUGCCAACUCUACUGGAUUCAUGAUUGCCCAAACCACGAGCAAAAAUGGAAUCCGUUACAGCGCAUCUCGAGCUUUCCUACGGCCAGCUGUCAACCGACCCAACCUGCACAUUCUGCUGAACACUACCGUUACGAAAGUUUUGGUUCAUCCAACCUCGAAAACAGCUCAUGGUGUCGAAAUCAUCGAUGAAGACGGUCACAUGCGUAAGAUUCUCGUGAAGAAAGAAGUCAUUGUCAGUGGAGGGGCUGUGAACUCACCGCAAGUCCUUUUACUUAGCGGCAUCGGACCUAAGGCUCAUCUUGAGCAGGUCGGAGUUCGGCCAAUCCACGACCUACCCGGAGUUGGGCAAAACCUACACAAUCACGUGGCUUAUUUCAUCAACUUCUACAUCAAUGACUCCAACACGGCCCCUCUCAACUGGGCUACCGCCAUGGAAUAUCUACUGUUCAGGGAUGGGCUCAUGUCCGGAACAGGUGUCAGUGCCGUUACGGCCAAAAUCAGUACCAAGUACGCCGAACGGCCCGAUGACCCGGAUCUGCAGUUCUACUUCGGUGGUUUCCUUGCCGACUGUGCCAAGACCGGUCAAGUGGGUGAACUCUUAAGUAACGAUUCUCGUUCGAUUCAAAUCUUCCCAGCCGUUUUGCACCCGAAGAGUCGCGGAUACAUCGAACUCAAGACGAGCAAUCCUCUGGACCAUCCAAAGAUUGUCGUCAACUAUCUGAAAGAAGAACAGGACGUCAAGGUUCUGGUCGAGGGUAUCAAGUUUGCGAUUCGGCUGGCCGAUACCGAUGCUUUACAAGCGUAUGGAAUGCAACUGGAUAGGACAACGAUCAAGGCAUGUCAAAGCUUCGACUUCGGAUCACAGGAAUACUGGGAGUGCGCCGUUCGACAGAAUACCGGUGCUGAGAACCACCAGGCCGGAUCGUGCAAGAUGGGACCCCUUCGGGAUCCGAUGUCUGUCGUCGAUCACGAACUGCGCGUGCAUGGCGUACGGAAUCUGCGGGUGGUCGAUGCUUCGGUGAUGCCAAAGGUUACGUCCGGCAAUACCAAUGCUCCGGUUAUCAUGAUUGCCGAAAAGGGAGCCCAUCUGAUCCGUAGGGCGUGGGGAGCUCGUUAAUGAACUCGCAGAAGCAACCGACGGCAGAGCGCGGAGAUAGCAUUUAGGACUCAAAAUUGACAACGUUUGCUGACAUGACAGUUCGGUGGUUUUGCAGAAAGCUUUCCCAGUUGCUAAAAUAUGUUCAACGAACUGAGCGUUCUCUACCUCUUGGUGCUAUGUAGGGGCAAAAAUAAAUGCGCCUACCGGAUACAGAGCAUUGUCUCUGCAAUGUGCAUAAGAAGAGGAAAGUUCGAGAACGAUGCUUUAAGUUAUAAAUCAUCACCCAUAAGAUAUAGCUAUAGGGGAUUGGUUCGAUUUCUCCUUGGUUGAGAAAAAGAAUUCAGUUACAUCACAUUGCCUAAUGUUUAAAAAAUAUUAAAAUGGUUACAUCAGUCCAGUAAUUAUUAUUGAAUACAAAUGUUCUUGUUCAACACAAUUCAAGGUAUUAUUGUCAAUACCAUUGUGCGAAACUUUUAUUCACUUUCGAAAAUACAGGAUUCAAUCAUCAUUAGCAUCGAGUAUAAAAUUCAUUAAUCCAGUGUAUCGAAUCACGUAGGAAUUCAUUUUCAUGUAAAUUAUAAUAAUUUUAUCUUUACAAAUAUAAAUAAAACAUGUGUUUUAGUUGAACAUCAUAUCACA